AUGGUUGAAAGCUUCAUUUAUAUAUAAGGAUAGCACUUCAAUCAAUAGUCAAUCAUCUACUAAAUUCUUUAUUAUCUCAUUCAUUUAUUUAUUAUUUAUUUUUUGUUUAUAAAAUAAUUAUUUUUAAAUAUAUAAGUAGUUUUUAUUCAAAGUAGCCUUCCUACCUAUUUAUAUCAGUCCAUAUUAGCUAUAUAAAUAUCUAUCUAUUUUUCUAUGUAUUUGCAUAGAAUGAUUGACGGAUGGAUCGAUGAAUGGAUUCAAGUAUGUGUUUUAAUGAAUAUGUCUUUUUUUUAAAGCAUGUAUUUUAUUUAUUUUUGUUUUUUGUUUGCUUCCAAAAUAUUUGUGAAUGAUUUAAUUAUGGAUAAAUAAGCUUUUGAUUGUUUUUAAUUAUUCUUAGCUAUCUAUUUUACCAAUCUUAUUUUGUUUGUUUAUUUGUUUUAUUUUUUUAUAUAUUUGUUUGUUUGUUAAUGGCAUUUUUAUGAAGACUUUUUUGAUUUUUUUUACUUUGUUUGA